UUAUUUGGAACUUCAGUUAAACGACAGCGUUCUGAAUCUAACCGCGGUAGUUAAUAACUGACCAGGGUCCAGGAGAGAGAAAAGGCAAUACCAAUAAAAAUCGAGCCCUUCGUCCGUUGCCUCCUCUCAUUUUGCUCCUUCCUCGUUCCUCCAGGUGAAUUCGAUUGAAAAAAUGGGGCUUACGUUCACGAAGCUCUUCAGCCGGCUCUUUGCCAAGAAGGAGAUGCGAAUUCUGAUGGUGGGUCUCGAUGCAGCCGGUAAGACCACCAUCUUGUACAAACUCAAGCUCGGAGAAAUCGUCACCACCAUCCCCACCAUUGGAUUUAAUGUGGAGACCGUGGAAUACAAGAACAUCAGCUUCACUGUUUGGGAUGUCGGGGGUCAAGACAAAAUCCGUCCAUUGUGGAGGCACUACUUCCAGAACACACAAGGUCUUAUCUUUGUGGUUGAUAGCAAUGACAGGGAUCGAGUUGUUGAGGCAAGGGAUGAAUUGCACAGGAUGUUGAAUGAGGAUGAACUAAGGGAUGCUGUUCUGCUUGUAUUUGCCAACAAACAAGAUCUUCCUAAUGCAAUGAAUGCCGCCGAGAUAACUGAUAAGCUUGGUCUUCAUUCUCUCCGUCAACGUCACUGGUACAUCCAGAGCACAUGUGCAACCUCUGGAGAGGGUCUGUACGAGGGGUUGGACUGGCUUUCCAACAACAUUGCUAGCAAGGCAUGAGAGAAUUGAGGCCAAUGAGUUUGGUUUCUUGCCUUGGAGAUUCUGGGGGAGGAUAGUUUUCUUUAUUUCGAUGAAUGUUGUAAUACCAGAAUGUUUUGCCGAGACUUUCUCUGAAUUCGUGUGUAUUUGCUACUUUAGCUACACUGUUUAGCUGUAAACAAAGUUUCUAUGUUGUUACGAUUGUUUUGACACAUGAGCCAAGGUUAUAUUUUAUUGUGUUUGCUUCGUUAA